UGGUUCCUAGUGUUUUGAUUUGUUCAGCCAACCAUCUGCAACUACAAACUCCCUGCUGAGGAACUGGCAGGACACAAAGAAUUGGAAAACAACAAAGGAGUCACUAUGUAAGCAUAAGAGUUUUUGGCAGCCUAGCUGAAUUGAGACCAUAAUCCUCUUCAGAAAUCAGUUUAAAACAGAACUAUUCACAAUGAACACGAAAUUAAAAGCAUGAUGUAGUAGUGACUCAAAAGGAAUGUGAAUUCUUCUCCAGGACAUGCAGAGACCUGUGGAUGAACUGUGCUUCUAGAGUUUUCCUCCAGCUUUUCUAAGAAAACAGGUCAAAAUGAACAAGAGACACAUGAGUGUGGUUCAGCAGACGUGGGCUCUUCUCUGCAAGAAUUGUCUUAAAAAAUGGAGGAUGAAAAGAGCGACCUUGUUGGAAUGGCUUUUCUCACUUCUUCUAGUACUAUUUGCAUACUUAAUGUCAUUAAAUUUACAUCAAAUUAACGACUCUCCUCAAAUGCCUGCAAUGUAUUUGGGACGUGUAGAUCAUUUUAAUGAUACUAAUUAUAUUAUUGCAUUUGCACCUGAAUCCAACACUACCCAAAGGAUAAUGGACAUAGUAGCUUCAGCCCCGUUCAUGAAAGGAAGAACAAUCAUGGGAUGGCCUGAUGAAAAAGGCAUGGAUGAAUUGGAUUUAAACUCUUCUGUAGAUGUAGUGAAAGUCAUUUUUACUGAUACCUUCUCAUAUCAUUUGAAGUUUUAUUGGGGAUAUAGAAUCCCUAGGAUGAAAGAACACAGAGACCAUUCAGCUCAUUGUCAAGUAAUGAAUGAAAAAAUCACAUGUGAAUCUUCGAUGUUCUGGGAGAAAGGCUUUGUAGCUUUUCAAGCUGCCAUUAAUGCUGCUAUCAUAGAAGUCACAACAAAUCAUUCAGUGAUGGAAGAGCUGAUGUCAGUUACCGGUAUAAAUAUGAAGAUAUUACCUUUUAUUGCCCAAGGAGGAAUUGCAACUGAUUUUUUCAUUUUCUUUUGCAUUAUUUCUUUUUCUGCAUUUAUAUACUAUGCAUCAGUUAAUGUUGCACAAGAAAGACAAUACAUUAAGUCAUUGAUGACAAUGAUGGGACUUCGAGAGCCAGCAUUCUGGCUUUCCUGGGGUUUGAUGUAUGCUGGCUUCAUCCUUAUUAUGACCACUUUAAUGGCUCUUGUUAUUAAAUCUUCACAAGUUGUCGUCCUAACUGGUUUUGUGGUGGUCUUCACCCUCUUUCUCCUCUAUGGCCUGUCUUUGAUAACUUUAUCUUUCCUGAUGAGUGUGUUGAUAAAGAAACCUUUCCUCACCGGCUUGGUUGUCUUUCUCCUUACUGUCUUUUGGGGUAUCCUGGGAUUCACAGUGUUGUACGCACAUCUUCCUGCAUUUUUUGAAUGGACCUUGUGUCUUCUUAGCCCCUUUGCCUUUACUGUUGGAAUGGCCCAGCUUAUACAUUUGGACUAUGAUGUGAAUUCCAAUGCCCAUUUGAAUUCUUUGAACAACCCGUACCUAAUAAUAGCUACUCUUUUCAUGCUGGUUUUUGAUGCUCUUCUCUAUUUGGUAUUGACAUUGUAUUUUGACAAAAUUUUGCCCACUGAAUAUGGACAUCGACGUUCUCCCUUGUUUUUCCUGAAGUCUUCUUUUUGGUAUCAACACCAAAGAGCUAACCACGUGGUCCUUGAGAAUGAAAUAGAUUCUGAUCCUUCAUCUAAUGACUCUUUUGAACCAGUGUCUCCAGAAUUCCAUGGGAAAGAAGGCAUCAGAAUCAAAAACCUUAAAAAAGAAUAUACAGGAAAGCGUGAAAAAAUAGAAGCUUUGAGAGGUCUGGUGUUUGACAUAUAUGAAGGUCAGAUCACUGCUCUCCUUGGUCACAGUGGAGCUGGAAAAACCACCUUGUUAAACAUACUUAGUGGGCUGUCGGUUCCAACAUCAGGUUCGGUCACUAUAUAUAAUCACACACUUUCAGAAAUGACUGACUUGGAAACUGUCAGAAAGCUUACCGGAGUUUGUCCACAAUCCAAUGUGCAAUUUGGCUUUCUCACUGUGAGAGAAAACCUUAGGCUAUUUGCUAAAAUAAAAGGGAUUCUGCCACAUGAAGUGGAGCAACAGGUACAACAAGUUUUACGGGACUUAGAGAUGGAAAAUAUCCAAGACAUUCUUGCUCAAAAUUUAAGCGGUGGACAAAAUAGGAAACUCACUUUUGGGAUUGCCAUUUUAGGAGAUCCUCAGGUUUUGCUAUUGGAUGAACCAACUGCUGGAUUGGAUCCUCUUUCAAGACACCGAGUAUGGAAUCUCCUGAAAGAGGGGAAGUCAGACAGAGUAAUUCUCUUCAGUACCCAGUUUAUGGAUGAGGCUGACAUCCUGGCUGAUAGGAAGGUGUUCAUAUCCAAUGGGAGGCUGAAGUGUGCAGGCUCUUCUCUGUUCCUAAAGAAGAAAUGGGGCAUUGGGUACCAUUUAAGUUUGCAUCUGAAUGAAAUGUGUGACCCAGAGAGUAUAACGUCACUGGUAAAACAGCACAUCCCUGAUGCCAGAUUAACAGCACAGACUGAAGAAAAACUUGUAUAUGUUUUGCCUUUGGAAAGGACAAACAAAUUUCCAGACCUUUACAGGGAUCUUGAUAAGUGUUCUAACCAAGGGAUUGAGAACUAUGGUGUUUCCAUAACAACUUUGAAUGAGGUGUUCCUGAAAUUAGAAGGAAAAUCAACUCUUGAUGAAUCAGAUACAGGAAUCUGGGGACAAUUACAAAACGAUGGAGCAAAAGACACGGGAAGCCCUGUUGGGCUGGAACAAGUUUUGUCUUUCCUCAACGGAACCGGGAAGACAAUCAGUGGCAUGGUGCUCUGGAGGCAGCAGGUCUGUGCAAUAGCAAAAGUUCGCUUCCUAAAGUUAAAACAUGAAAGAAAGAGCCUGUUGACUAUGUUAUUGCUUUUUGGGAUUAGUUUAAUCCCUAAUCUUUUGGAAUAUCUAUUCUAUGAAUUAUAUGUAAAAAGUGACUCUUGGGAAUUAUCUCCAAAUAUGUACUUCCUCUCACCAGGACAACAGCCACAAGCUCCUCUGACCCAUUUACUGCUCAUCAAUAAAACAGGGUCAAGCAUUGAUAACUUUGUACAUUCACUGAGGCGACAGAACAUAGUUUUAGAAGUGGAUGCUCUUGGAACUAGAAAUGGUACAGAUGAGCCCUCAUACAAUGGUGCUAUCAUUGUGUCAGGUGAUGAAAAGGAACACAGAUUUUCAAUAGCAUGUAAUACGAAAAGGCUAAAUUGCUUUCCUGUCCUCAUGGAUGUCAUUAGCAAUGGGCUACUUGGAAUCUUUAAUUCUUCAGAACACAUUCAGACUGACAGAAGCACAUCUAUUGCAGACCACAUGGAUUAUGACGAGACUGGGUUCCUGAGUAGCUCCAUCUUCUGGAUACCGGUGGCAGCCUCCUUGACUCCUUACAUUGCAAUGAGCAGCAUCGGUGACUAUAAAAAAAAAGCUCAUUCCCAGCUACGGAUUUCAGGCCUCUACCCUUCUGCUUACUGGUUUGGACAGGCACUGGUGGAUGUUCCCCUAUACUUCUUGAUCCUCCUUAUAAUGCAAAUAAUGGAUUACAUUUUUAACCCAGAAGAGAUUAUAUUUAUAAUUCAAAACCUUUUAAUUCAAACCCUGUGUAGUAUUGGCUAUGUCUCAUCUCUUGUUUUCUUGACAUAUGUGAUUUCAUUCAUUUUUCGCAAUGGGAGGAAAAAUAGUGGCAUUUGGUCGUUUUUCUUCUUAAUUGUCACCAUCUUCACAAUAGUUGCUGUUGAUAUAAAUGAAUAUGGAUUUCUAGGGUUAUUAUUCAGUGCCCUAUUACUACCACCCUACACAUUGAUUGGCUCUUUAUUCAUUUUUUCUCAGAUUUCUCCUAACUCCAUGGAUUACCUAGGAGAGUCAGAAUCUCAGAUUGUAUAUCUGGCACUGCUAAUACCUUACCUUCACUUUUUCAUUUUCCUCUUCAUUCUGCGAUAUCUAGAAAUGAACUUCAGGAAGCAAUCAAUGAGAAAGGAUCCUGUGUUCAGAAUUUCUCCAAGAAGCAACGAUGUUUUUCCAAACCCAGAAGAGCCUGAAGGGGAGGAUGAAGAUGUUCAGAUGGAAAGGACAAGAACAGCGAAUGUUGUGACCGUCACCAACAUGGAGGAGAAACCAGUUAUCAUUGCCAGCUGUCUACGGAAGGAAUAUGCAGGCAAAAAGAAAAAAUGCUUUUCCAAAAGGAAGAAAAAAAUCGCCACAAGAAAUGUCUCCUUCUGUGUUAAAAAAGGUGAAGUUAUAGGGUUGUUAGGACACAAUGGAGCUGGUAAAAGUACAAUGAUUAAGAUGAUAUGUGGAGACACAAAACCAACCGCAGGGCAGGUGCUGUUGAAAGGGAGCGGCAGAGGGGACGCCCUGGGGUUCCUGGGGUACUGUCCCCAGGAGAAUGCCCUGUGGCCCAGCCUGACGGUGAGGGAGCACCUGCAGGUGUACGCCGCCGUGAAAGGGCUGAGGAAAGGGGACGCUGCGGUCGCCAUCUCACGGCUGGUGGAUGCUCUCAAGCUGCAGGGACAGCUGAAGGCUCCCGUGGGGACCUUAUCGGAGGGAAUAAAGAGAAAGCUGUGCUUCGCGCUGAGCAUCCUGGGGACCCCGUCGGUGGUGCUUCUGGACGAGCCGUCAACCGGGAUGGACCCCGAGGGGCAGCAGCAACUGUGGCAGGCCAUCCGGGCCACCUUUAGAAACAGGGAGAGGGGCGCCCUCCUGACCACCCACUACAUGGCAGAGGCCGAGGCCGUGUGUGACCGAGUGGCCAUCAUGGUGUCCGGGAGGCUGAGAUGCAUCGGUUCCAUCCAACACCUGAAAAGCAAAUUCGGCAAAGAUUAUCUGCUGGUGAUGAAAGUGAAGACCCCUGCACAGGUGGAGCCCCUCCACGCAGAGAUCCUGAGGCUUUUCCCACAGGCUGCUCGGCAGGAAAGGUAUUCCUCCCUGAUGGUCUACACGCUGCCUGUUGACGACGUGAGACCUUUAUCACAGGCUUUCUUCAAAUUAGAGAUAGUUAAACAGAACUUCGACCUGGAGGAGUACAGCCUCUCACAAUCUACCCUAGAACAGGUUUUCCUGGAACUCUCCAAGGAGCAGGAGUUGGAUGAUUUUGAUGAGGAAGUUGAUCCUUCAAUAAGGUGGAAGCUCCUCCCACAGGAAGAACCUUAAAGUUUAAAAUACCCUAUGUACUCUCUUUAAACUUGUAACUCUUUUUAAGACAAUAUUUUAUAGCAUUAAUAGACUUUAUCUCAGAUAUGACACAAAAUAUUUUUUAAACUCAUAUCAUAAUUUUUCCCAGUUGUAUUUCUCAUAGUGGGACCAAGGGUGGAGUCAGUGAGAGUGACCGUAGGGCACGGGACUAAGCCAGACCACCCAGCCCCUGUGCCAGCAGCCAAAUCCCAUGUUGCAUACAGUAUUCAGCUUAAAAUGCAUUUACUAUAGAAUUGUUUACAUAUCUAAAAAUGAUACAGAGAUUGUUUAAUUUUCUUUCUGUGAACUUCAAACUGUUGAAUAUUUUCUUAUCUUUUUGAUUAGAUAACAUACAAAUUAAGACAUCCUGUUGAUUUUAGGGUAAAGGUAAUCAAUUGAUUACAGAGCAGCCCAGUAUUCACUUUCUUUAUUAUUAUUAUUAUUAUUUUAUUUAGCAUAUUAUGGGGGCACAAGUGUUAAGGUCACUUAUAU